AUGACGGGAAGUCUCAAGAAAGAGUGCGACAAGGCAGCUCAAAUUCUCAAGGGCUUCAUUGACAAACGUAGAAUUCCCGUAGAAGUCAUCGCGAAUGCAAAGGGCCUAGCCAUAUUUUCGGGCUUCCGGGCCGCGAUGUACCUUGCAGGUGCGGGUGGUUCUGGCGUCGUCGUUGCACGUCUACCCGAUGGGUCCUGGUCUCCUCCGUCUGCGUUUUCAGUCCGAUCGGGCGGAUUUGGUGUCGUGUACGGGGUGGACAUGUAUGAUUGCGUGUGUGUGCUCAACACACAAGAUGCCGUUGACGCCUACAUGAACAGCGAAAUGGCCCUGGGCGCUGGUGCUUCAAUGGCGGCUGGGCCUAUUGGCGGCACUGCCGACAUCAGCACUAAAGAUGUCAAACCGAUCUGGACAUACACCAAAUCGCGCGGUCUCUAUGGUGGCUUGACAGUGGACGGCACCAUCAUCAAGGAGAAGGCCGCUAUCAAUGCCGAGUCGUACGGAUCGAAUAUUACCGCUGCGCGGAUCUUGAAAGGCGAGGCACAGUGGCCAUCGACGACGCAACUUCCUGAGGUCCUCAAACUGGCUGAAGGGAAGAAGACGGAUGCAAAAUCCCUCGGCGCCAUCAGCACUGAGCCGACGCCUGGCGACUUGAAGGAGUAA